CAAACAACACCACUGCUCAUUCAAAGUUGGGGCGUAUUUUCAACAGUGAAUGCAACAAUUUGGGAACUUGCCUGUAUUUCUACUCACUCACUCGUGCCAUUCUAAUAGCAUCGUGGACCGAUAAGACAGUUAAGCAGUGGCAUUUCUUUGCAAAGGAGCGUUUCGUCCUGGUUUCAGGCUUACAAUAUGAAGUGCAGUUAUGGCAAAGAGGGGUAAAUCCGUGGUGAGGACCCUGGAGGAUUUAACGCUGGAUUCGGGUUACGGUGGAGCCGCGGACUCCUUCAGGUCAUCGAGCUUGUCUCUGUGCUGCUCCGAGGCGCACAUCUCCUAUGCGCAUGGAGGGCACUGCUGGCAACUGACUGACUCCACGCACAGUCGACACAACAGCUUAGACACCGUCAACACCGUCCUGGCUGAAGACGGCGAGACCCUGGAGUGUUCCGGACACUGUGCGAAACUUCCCGAGCUUGAGGAUGUGCCCUGGAGCCUCGGGGAGGUGGAGAACGCGCUCAACAAGGAGGAAGAAUUGAGGUUCGGGACCGUCUCCGCGGAUCUGCUGGCGCGGCUCUCUGCGCUCGUCAGCCGCGCGCUGGUGAGGAUCGCCAGGGAAGCGCAGCGCCUGAGUUUGCGCUACGGCAAAUGCACCAAAUAUGACAUUCAAAGUGCCAUCAAGAUGAUCUUCUCGUGGACCAUCUCGGUCAACUGCAUCGCCGCGGCGCUCAGCGCGCUGUCCAUGUACAACAUGAGCACCGAGGAUAAAUUCAGCCGGGGUAAAUCCGAAAGAUGCGGCUUGGUGUUCUCCGUGGGGAAGUUCUUCAGGUGGAUGGUGGACAGCAGGGUCGCGGUGCGCAUCCACGAGCAUGCGGCCAUAUACCUGACCGCCUGUAUGGAGAGCCUCUUCCGAGAGGUCUUCACCCGGGUGCUGAAUAGCUCGGAGGUGGAGAAAGAUAACGGGAUCCCCAAAUUUACACUGGAAUCCUUUGAACAUGCUCUGAGCAAUGAUUCAGAGUUGUACGGCCUGCUUUUACCCUAUAAGCAUCUCGUAUGUGGGAAAAAUGCCAAUGGAAUCCUAAGUUUGCCAGACAGUUUGAGCCUGCACAGGAACCAACAGCGCUCAGGUAAGGCUGGAGAUGCCUACAGCCAGUCCGAGCAGCGUACUAUUGAGCAGUCUCUGCUGGCUACACGUGUAGGGAGCAUUGCUGAGCUCAGUGAUUUGGUAUCCAGAGCCAUGCAUCACCUCCAGCCUCUCAGCAUAAAGAACCACAGCAAUGGCACACCACUCCCUCAGAAGAGCAGCCUGAUCCACUGGGAGCCCGAGGCACUAUAUACACUCUGUUACUUCAUGCACUGCCCUCAAAUGGAGUGGGAGAACCCCAAUGUUGAGCCCUCUAAAGUCACCUUACAGACGGAGAGGCCAUUUCUAGUUCUGCCUCCUCUGAUGGAGUGGAUCAGAGUGGCAUUGGCACACGCAGAGCAUCGACGCAGCUUUUCAGUGGAUAGUGAUGAUGUUCGGCAGGCGGCCAGACUUCUGCUGCCCGAAGCAGACUGUGAACCCCGCCAGCUGAAGACGGAUGACUGUUUCUGCGUAUCACGUAAGUUGGAUGCUGCCUCAACUGAGGCUAAGUUCCUGCAGGAUCUUGGCUUUCGCAUGCUCAACUGCGGCCGCACUGACCUUGUCAACCAGGCCAUCAACUUGCUGGGGCCAGGCGGAAUCAACAGUAUGAGUGAACAGGGCAUGACCCCUCUGAUGUAUGCAUGUGUCAGAGGUGACGAAGCCAUGGUUCAGAUGCUGCUGGAUGCAGGAACUGACAUAAACAGUGAGGUGCCAAACACAGUGCACAAGUACCCCUCAGUCUUCCCAGAGAUGCGGCAGGCCACACCUCUCACCUUCGCCGUGCUCCACCAGCACAUCCCUGUGGUGCAGCUUUUGCUGGAUGCUGGAGCUAAUGUGGAGGGCUCUCUGCAGGAUGGGAUGGAGAACUACACUGAGACGCCUUUGCAGUUAGCUUCAGCUGCAGGGAACUUUGAACUGGUCAGUCUGCUUUUGGGGAGAGGAGCAGACCCAAUGGUUGGGACCAUGUACCGCAACGGCAUCUCCACUGCACCACAAGGGGACAUGAAUUCCUACAGCCUGGCUGCAGCACACGGACACAGGAACGUGUUCUGCAAACUGCUGUCGCAGUCGGAAAAGGGAAAGGCGGAUGUGCUGUCUCUACAGGAGAUCUUGGCGGAGGGAUCCGACACAGAAGAAAGGAAUUCCCUAAAGAUGGAAGCAACCCGCACAGGGAAGGCUAAACUCAAAGCUCUGAGAGAAGCUAUGUAUCAUAGCUCUGAACAUGGCUAUGUUGACAUCACGUUGGACAUCAGAAGCCUAGGGGUGCCUUGGACAUUGCACACCUGGCUGGAGUCCCUGCGAACUUGUUUCCUGCAGCACCGGAGGCCGCUGAUCCAGGGUCUGCUGAAGGAGUUCAGCUCGAUUGAAGAGGAGGAGUACACAGAGGAGCUCAUAACACACGGUCUCCCACUAAUGUUCCAGAUUCUGCGUGCCAGCAAGAAUGAAGUGAUUAGUCAGCAGCUGGCUGUAAUAUUUACUCAGUGCUACGGGCCGUACCCGGUCCCCAAACUCACAGAGAUCAAGAGGAAACAGACAUCAAGACUGGAUCCUCAUUUUCUAAACAAUAAGGAGAUGUCAGAUGUGACCUUCCUGGUGGAGGGAAAGCCAUUCUACGCUCACAAAGUUUUGCUCUUCACCGCCUCCAACAGGUUUAAAUUGCUUCUAGCAAACAGACCAGCUGCGGAGAACACCUGUAUCGAAAUCAGCCAUGUCAAAUACAAUGUAUUUCAGCUGGUGAUGCAGUAUCUGUACUGUGGUGGAACAGAUGCACUUCACAUUAGAAACACAGAGGUUAUGGAUCUCCUUUCGGCAUCAAAGUUCUUCCAACUGGAAGCCUUACAGAGACACUGUGAGAUCAUCUGCGCCAAGAACAUCAACACUGAAACCUGUGUGGAGAUUUACAACCAUGCUAAAUUCCUGGAGGCACCUGAGCUGUCUGCCUACAUCGAGGGCUACUUUCUGAAGAACAUGGCAGUUCUUAUAGAGCUGGAGCCAUUUAAACAAUUGCUCUAUAACACCCCGGUGGAGAACUGCUGCCCCGACGUUUUGCAUGACUUGGAGAAGACAUUGUCCACACGCAUUCGGUCCAUUCACCUGUCCUCUUCUAAGGGAUCCAUCGUCUAAAACUGUCUCUGGACCACAUCAAAGCAUGCAGCGAUCCCAAAUAUGCACUCCCUCCAGGACUCUAGCAGUGCAGUCUAAAUGUGUUCAUUUAGUGGCAGUAGCAGUGCACUUGUACUGUAGUUCCUCAGCUGAGUGUACACUUCAUCUAGGACUGUUGUGAUUUCUUCUCAAAUGCUGGCCAGUUCACAUGACCUGUUAUUUAGAGUAUAGCCAUAAAGGAAACAAUGCCAUUUUAUAUUUCAUAUCAAAACUGAAUAAUACCUGUGACAGAACAUGGUGAUGCUAGAUGCAGUACCCGUACUAAUUUCUUGGAAUAUUGUAAUUCCAGUACUAAUUCUAAAGCAGUAUGGAGAAAUACAGCAGCAGUGUAUAGACCCAUAAGUGGCACUGUUACUUUGUAUGGAAAUCUGGUGAGGAAAGGAUCUAAAGCAGUGGUUCUCAACUAGUGGGUUAUGACACAAACUUGGGUCACAGAUCUGUACUGAUAGGGUCACGGACAGCAAUGUCUAAAUGCCAAUAAUAAAAUGCAACUAGUCAAAUAAUCAUGCAUAUUUAGGAUAGGAAAAUAAAUAGGCUCAUAAACUUUUAAAAGGGAGGAGAAAACUCUUCCAGUAUCAUUAAAUAUGGGUUCACUUGCAACAAGGAGAGACAUGAUUUGUGCCGACCACAAUAUAGUUAGUGUGGUGAAUUACUGGCUUUCAAGAUGGCUUUUCGAGUAAAUUUAGAAUAUUUAUUUAUUUAUUUAAGAUAUUUUUUUAUUAUUAAUAAUAUUAAUACAUUUCAGUGUUGGAUUUUUAGGAAAUGUUUGUUUACUUUUGUGCAAUAAACAAUUCUGGUAUUGUGUUGUGUCACUACUUAAUGUCCAAUGUAAAAUCUGGGUCCUGAAGCAAAACCAGUUGAGAACCAUUGCUCUACAGCAAGCAGGGCACACACUUUUGGUAGAGUACAACAUGACUUGGGGGUGCGAGGAGUUGUGUAUGUACUGUAUGUAUAUAUAUAUAUAAAACAACUUUCAGUUAUUGUCUGCACUGGUUAUAGAUGUUCCUAGAUUUGCUUCCUAGAUUUGUAUUUUCAAGCAUUCGCACAGAAAUCAUGUAACAGUUGUACAGAUAUUGCUCCUAUUAUGAGCAACCAUAUGUUUAGAAGGGAAGGCAGAGAAUGUGGCUGCCAAUGUAAAUAUAAAUUUGCAAUCUGUCACAUGGAGUCACUGAUCUCCGACUGUAAGUAGAUGUAAAUAAAACUGACAUCAUAAGACUUUCAUUGAGAACUCACAAUAAUGUACAAUGUAAGUGUUCUUGAAGUCUUAACUGUUGUAAAUGUAGAUGAGUAUGCAACUAUUUUCAUGCUUGGGUUUUGUCAUGUCUUGCAAUGACUUUACACUUUUAUGUGUGUGUGGGGGGGGUCUAUUUUGUCAGAGAAAGUGAAUUAUUAUCAGCAUGGAGUGGCAUAAAUGUAGCUGUGAAUACCUAGGAGAAAUGACUGAUUCAGAAUGUGCCUCCAAUAUGUUCUGAUGUGCUGUGUCUCUAAUGACAUUUGUGUAAAGUCACUCUGUGACUAAAUCAAUGUUCUUUAUAAAGAUUACUACAAAAUA